AUGAAGCAGCCACCAGGGUAUGAAGACCAUGUUCAUCCUGAUCAUGUCUGUCAUCUACAGCGCUCGCUCUAUGGGCUUAAACAAGCCCCGCGUGCGUGGUUCAAAAGACUACAUGACUAUUUGUUGUCUGCAGGGUUUUCCUCAUCCAAGACUGAUGUGUCAUUAUUUUACCACUCGACGGGUGCAUCUAAAGUUUUUCUCCUCAUCUAUGUGGACGACAUCAUCAUGAUGGGCAGUGAUGCAGAUAUGGUCGAGUCUCUGUUACGCCGUUUAGCCACCGCGUUCAAAGUUCGAGACCUCGGCACCCCAGGGUUCUUUUUGGGCAUAGAGACGAUUGCAGCAGGUAACAGUAUGAUUCUCUCUCAGCGGCGGUACAUGAUCGAUAUCUUGGGUCGUUCUGGAAUGUCGGACUGCAAGCCGCUCACUACACCGACUUCGGUUACUCAGGCUGUGACUUCGUCUGAGCAGCAUUUUGAGAACCCUACGCAGUAUCGACUUAUCGUCGGGGCACUUCAAUAUCUGACUAUCACUCGGCCAGAUCUAGCCUAUGCAGUUAAUCGCCUGUGUCAGUUUAUGCACUCUCCGACUGAAGAUCAUUGGGCAAUGGUGAAGCGUGUGUUACGAUAUAUCAAGGGCACUCUGGGUUACGGUCUGCGGCUAACUCCCUCCGACUCAAGUGCCAUCCACGCCUACUCUGACUCUGACUGGGCUGGAUGCCCGGUAGACAGGAAAAGCACCAGUGGCUAUGCUGUUUUUUUGGGAAGUAAUCUGGUUUCCUGGUUAUCUCGGAAACAGCGCACCGUAGCUCGUUCCUCCACUGAGGCAGAAUACAAAGCACUAGCCGAUGUCGCGGCCGAAGUCACCUGGAUUGUUUCUCUGCUCCGUGAACUUGGGCUACACACUGGACAUCCCGCUAGCUUAUGGUGUGACAAUUUAGGUGCAACUUAUCUGUGUGCGAAUCCUGUUUUCCAUGCCCGGACGAAGCAUGUCGAGAUAGAUUAUCACUUUGUGCGUGACAAGGUAGCCUCGGGUGACUUCGUCGUGAACUUCAUCUCCACCAAAGAUCAACUAGCUGACGUUCUUACCAAGCCUUUACCAGGACCUCGGUUUACGGCUCUGCGGGACAAGCUCAAUGUUGUCAACCACGAACCUUGUGCUUGA